CAAUGACGUAGCACAAUGCGAAUUCUUGGUGCAUUGUGGGAUAGUGGAGAGUUGUGAGGCGGUGAAUGGUGACUACAGAACCGCUGAAAUGGAUGUAUUCUUAAUGAUCAGGCAUCACAAAACCACAAUCUUCACUGACGCCAAAGAAUCCACAACCGUCUAUGAGUUGAAACGCAUUGUGGAGGGCAUCCUGAAGAGGUCCCCCGAGGAACAGAGACUAUACAAGGAUGAGCAGCCUCUAGAAGACAGUAAGACACUAGGAGACUGCGGCUUCACAAAUCAGACAGCCAGACCACAGGCUCCUGCAACUGUAGGACUGGCCUUUCGUAUCGAUGAUGCAUUUGAGCCCCUGCAGGUGGAACCAUUUUCCAGCCCUCCUGAACUUCCUGAUGUUAUGAAACCACAGGACUCUGGCAGUACAGCCAAUGAACAGUCAGUGCAAUUAGCUGCACCCUAAUGGCUAUUGUAUCAGGAGUACUACUAAAGCUGAGCUAGGUGGGGACUGAUACAAUGAUGUAAAGGUGCUGCAGAUGAACAUUUGAAGUCUGGCUUCCACUAACCACUGAACUAAGCCAGUUAUAAAUGUCCAGAGAAUCACUAACGAAUAAGAUUAUUGUUAUUUAUGUUUAUUUUAUUAUCUGGACUGACACAUUUUCUUCUCAAUUGACUGGCCUCAGUUUGUAUGUUUCUUUUUUUCUUUGACUAAAUGACAUUUGACACAUUUGAAAAUGGAAAUGUUUUUCUUCAAAGAGACUGCUUUCAUCAUUUAUUAGAAAAAGAAUUGGGGUUUAAUAGCACAAAUGUCACAUGGGGCGAGCAGGUUUGGUGAACAGGUUUGAAACGCAAAUUUGCAUGUAUCAGUUUUAACAUUUUGACAUGAAUUUGUGCAGUAAACCUGUUAUCGUGUUGUCUUUUGAUGAAGAUGGCUUAACAUUUUUGUUUUAUCUUUCCCUGUAGACCUCCUCUGCAUUUUUUUUUCUUGAUUCUGUUUGUGGUAGUUUGUACUUGCAUUGCAUUUAAAUUCAGACCAAAGCAUACUUGCGGUUGUGUAACAACACUUGUGUUAGUAACAUUCACCACUGUGCGCACUUUUGAUGUAACUUUUGUUACAUAACUGCUAGAUGUUCUUUGGUCUUUGAAGGACUGCACACUAAAAGCAUGACCAAAACAUGUAUGUGUUGUAUGUUGUAUUUAAUUAUUUAAUUGUAUUUUAUGAAGUGGGAUAUAUUUCUUAGCGCAUGUAACAGCUUUAUAGUGAGGUAAAUAAAUGUAGUUUUAGUAUUGAAGUGUAACCAUACAAACUAGUAGGCUACUGUGGUGGUACCAUAAUUCUUUAACAUUUAUAUCAUGGUACUAAAUCCACCUUUUUUCUGACCCCUCCCCCUUUUCCCAAAAAGUGGAAAGUCCAUGUUAUUUACAUUCUUUUCCAAAGUUUUUUUUUAUAUCAUAAUACAUGUUACUGUCCUUACCUUUUUAUUAGCAAGUAAGCCAGUUAAUUAGGCCAACUGUGCUAAGAUCAGCUUUUAUGAGUUAAAUAACACUAAGACAAUAACGUUGUACUGGAUGAUCACUAAUUAGCCUACUCGUUGUACAUGUAAAAACAAGCAACAUCUAUUGAGGACGCAUCCUGUUGUUUUUUACCUCUUAGGCAUUAAAGUAUCUUUUCAUGCA